CGGCUCGCUCAGCCUGUGCUUUGCAGCGAAGAGUUGUGUACUGCUGCUAUCCUGGUGGUCACUGGUGGUCGUAGGCCAGCGAGACUUCAAAACCAGGCCGUCGAACUGGACCAAGUCCACCCCAGCGGUGUGCACGGAUAGCCCGACAAAACUGCACAGCAAAACCACUUUGCACCCGAGCGCUUUCCGCCAGAGCGGAACUGCGGUGCUGCACAAGGCAAGGCAGCCAAACCUGCAGUUGAGUCCGGUUAGACUAGACAGGCGGCCAGCCAGUAGGUAGCACAGCAGACACAGAAUGGAUCUGGACAUCAGUCGAACCGAACCGGGAAAUAUGAACGACGCGCUGCAGUUGCAGACACCCAGUCGGCACGAGAAGAGCCUGGGCCUUCUCACCACCAAAUUUGUCACGCUACUGCAGGAGGCAAAGGAUGGCGUACUCGACCUGAAAUUGGCUGCGGACACGUUGGCGGUGCGUCAGAAGAGGCGCAUCUAUGACAUCACUAACGUCCUGGAGGGCAUCGGCCUCAUCGAGAAGAAAUCCAAAAACAGCAUCCAGUGGAAGGGCGUGGGUCCGGGCUGCAACACCAGGGAGAUCGCUGAUAGGCUGAUGGAGCUGAAGGCGGAGCUAGUGGAGCUGGAGAAGCAGGAAGUGGAGCUGGACCAGCAGAGAGUCUGGGUGCAGCAGAGCAUCAAGAACGUCACGGAUGACCUCAGCAACAGCCCUCUGGCGUAUGUGACACAUGAGGACAUCUGUAGCUGCUUUAAAGGUGACACCCUGUUAGCGAUCCGCGCCCCCCCUGGAACACAACUGGAGGUGCCCCUCCCUGAGUCGGGUGGUAACGGGCAGAAGAAGUACCAGAUGCACCUGAAGAGCAGCGUUGGGCCUGUUGAAGUGCUAUUGGUCAAUAAGGACCCCCAGAGCGCCGCCCCCGUCGUACUUCCUGUCCCGCCCCCUGAAGACAUGAUCCUGCCCUGUGGGACGGAUCGUGCAGCAGCAGCACAGCCCAAACAGGCCCCACCCAUCAGGAAGCCAGUGGCGGUCCCAGCAACCAAUCAGAUCGCGGCUGCUGUCACAUCGGCCACGCCCACCAAGCAGCCCACGCCUCCCUCCAGCGCACAACCAGCAGCAUCAGAGUCAGGGUUGUCCAGCAACAGCUCGGCUGCCCUGAGUUUGACUCCGCCCCUCGACAGCUCGUCAGCCAAGGAUGGCUCCUCAUUGGACACCCAGCCCCUUCAAUCAUCCGCCUCAUUGGACAGCAGCUCCGCUCUGGCCGCCUCCAGCUCCGUCUUUGAGCCAAUCAAAUCCGAUGCCUUGCUGGACUUUCCCAGGGAGCUAUCAGAGCUGUUUGACCCCACUAAAGAGAGCACUGACCUUCUGGAGGACCUCAUGGCAUCUGAAGUCUUCUCUCCUCUGCUGAGGUUGUCUCCUCCUCCUGGUGACCAUGACUACAUCUAUAAUCUGGACGAGAGCGAAGGCCUGUGUGACCUCUUCGACGUGCCCAUCUUCUAGCCUUCUGAUUGGUCAGCGCAUCCUCAGAGUCCCGCCUCCCUCACGCCACCCUACCCCUGUGAUUGGGUGGCGUGACCUCUUUCUCCCGCCUUCCUCCCGGCACUCUGCCCUGUGAUUGGGUGGCAUGACCUCUUUCUCCCGCCUCCCUCACGCCACUCUGCCCUGUGAUUGGGUGGCGUGACCCCUUUCUCCCGCCUUCCUCACGCCACUCUGCCCUGUGAUUGGGUGGCGUGACCUCUUCGGCGUGCCCAUCUCUUAUUGCCCCCUUCCUGUGAUGUAAGUCCCACCCCUCACGUGUGCUCUGCCAUGUGAUUGGGUAGAGGCCGUGUUCUUCUAUCCCCUCCCUUUUUGGAAGACUGUUGUAUAAGCUGAUUUCUUAAAUGUUGAUAUUUUUCAUAAACCUGUUUAUUAUUUUUGUAAGAAAAACAGAACAUGUAUGUAUGUAUCGCGAUCGGUUUAUACGAUUGGCUGUCUGUCGCGCCUCGUCUCGUGGCCCUUUAUGAUGUCACAGAGCAGUGGGCGUAGGCUAGCAGGUGCCCCGAUGAUGUCACACGGCUUUUCCGCAGCGAGAUGAAUCUCAUUGGCCAGGGACAGAGAGACCUCAGGAUCCGAUUGGCCCAGGGAGGAUGAUGCCCCUGCAGCUGAUUGGGUGAUCGGUCAUGGCCUACUUCCUGGUCUUGAGUGGACUGGAUACAGCAGCCAAUGAGCAUCGAGAUGAACAUCGAGGGGGCAAACUCAGAGCACACACACACGCAAACACACACACACACACGCAAAUACACACAAACACA